AUGGAACAAAUGAAUAAUGAAGGAAUGCGUUCUUAUUAUUUAUUGGGAGAUUCUGGGUAUGCAUUGAGACCUUGGUUGAUGACACCGUUAAAUAAUCCGGAACCAAAUACCCCAGAAGGACGUUAUAAUGAAUGGUUCUCUAAAACUAGGUCGUUGAUUGAACGUACUAAUGGGUUACUCAAAAUGCGAUUUCGGUGUCUUUUAAAGCAUAGAGUACUGCAUUAUCAUCCGAUCAAAGCAUCAAAAAUCAUUAACGCAUGUGUUAUACUCCAUAAUAUAUGUAUUAAAAAUAAUGUACCAGAACCAAUUGAUGAGAUAACAAAUGAUGUGGGUUUGGGUAUGCAUUAUGUUGAAGAAAAUCAUUUGAAUCUUCAACAAGUGAAUCCAGCCUUAUUAGCUGGUCGUAGGAUGCAACAUCAAAUAAUCAAUAAUUAUUUUAUCUCUAACAUUCGGGUAGUUGUAUCACUUAACUUUUCAGUAGCUAGAGCGGCAUUUGUUAAUUUUGAUUUCUUACCAAAAGAUCUAGAAAAGUAA